UCUUCUUCUUCUCAUUCUUCUUCUUAUAUUUUUUAAUGGAGGAAAUUCUUUUUUGUCUAGUGGAGGAGAUAAUAGGAGUUCUUGAUGCUUGCACAGUGUGCGAAUACUGCUUUGUGUCAUUACUAGAGUCCUGUUUGAAACAUAUCACUACUCUUUGUGCGUGUGUGUGUGUUUAACCUCCAUUGGCUACUUGUCAUGUCUGAUACAGCAGCUGAAAUGCUUCUCUACAUCAUCGUGUUUUCCGUUCGGUGUGGUUUUAAAAUAGCAGAGUGUUGGAGGAGGGGGGGUUGGAUGGCAGUUUUGCUUGGCUGGCCUUCAUCGGGUGACCGUUUUUUGGGCUCUAUCAUUGGUCCACACUCUCAGGCAGACCAAGUUUAGACAGUGCGGGCUUGCUCUGGUUACCUUUACCCUGGAAAGCCUUGAGCAGCAUGUGAUUGUGUGCGUGUGCAGGACAUCUUCAGCUUCUUCCGCUGACCUCUGUAAUUAUAAGAGGAAGUAGCCCAGGUGCUGAUGGAGUCACUGCUUCUGUAGCGCAAUCAGACAGAGAUCCAUUAGCAGAGAGACAUGCAGGCCCAGGAGCUGUUGAAGCAGCUGCGUGUGCCUGAGCUGGCCGAGGUGAGGGAGUACCUCCGCAGCCUGUCCACCGGCACGCUGGUGAGCAUGGGGGCCGUCGCCGCACUCACAACCUACUGGUACGCCACUCGACCAAAAGCCCUCAAACCACCUUGUGACCUGCACAUGCAGUCCAUCGAGGUGCCGGGAGGAGAGUUUGCCCGCAGGUCAGUGAUUGUGGAUGCUGACAAGCUUCUGUCUUUUUAUUAUGAUGAUGCCACAACAAUGUAUGAGGUCUUUACCCGGGGCCUACGGGUAUCAAAUAAUGGACCUUGCUUAGGUUCCAGAAAGCCAAAGCAGCCAUAUGAAUGGCUGUCCUAUUCAGAGGUUGCAGAGAGAGCCGAGAACCUGGGCUCUGUGCUGCUGCACAAAGGUCACUCCAAAACCACCGACCAGUACAUCGGCAUCUUUGCUCAGAACAGAGCUGAGUGGACCAUCUCGGAGCUGGCUUGCUACACAUACUCUCUGGUAUCAGUGCCUCUGUAUGACACUCUGGGGACUGAGGCCAUCGAUUACAUCAUCAAAAAGACCGGCAUCUCCACGGUGGUGUGUGACCUCCCGGCGAAAGUUCGUCUGCUGCUAGACUGCGUGGCUGGCAAACAACACUCGCUGAAAACCCUGAUCCUGAUGGAGGAGUUUGACUCGGAGCUGGUGGCUCAAGCACAGAAAUGUGGCAUAGACAUAAUUAGCCUGAAAGAUGCAGAGGCUCUUGGAAAAGCCCAUCGGCAGCAGCCUAUACCUCCUAAGUCUGAUGACCUGGCUGUUAUUUGCUUUACUAGUGGAACCACAGGAAACCCAAAAGGGGCAAUGCUCACCCACAGAAACAUCCUGUCCAACAUUUCUGCGUUUACCAUGAUAACGGCGACCAGCUGUCCUUUGAGUCCCAGCGACUCGCACAUCUCUUACCUGCCUCUUGCACACAUGUUUGAGCGAGUAGUCCAGGGUGUGAUGCUGGUUCACGGCAGUCGCAUCGGCUAUUUCACGGGAGAUAUCCGCUGUCUCGUGAAUGACCUAAUGGCCCUGCAGCCCUCUGUCUUUCCGGUUGUGCCACGUCUGCUCAACCGAAUGCUCGAUAAGAUCUUUGCGCAGGCCAACUCUCCUCUGAAGAAGUGGAUCUUAGGAUAUGCCUUCCGGAGGAAAGAGGCUGAGAUGAUGAGUGGCAUUAUGAGGAGAAACAGUCUGUGGGACAAAAUCAUUUUUAAGAAAGUCCAGGACAGUCUUGGAGGCAGAGUGCGCUUGAUGCUGACUGGUGCUGCUCCUGUCUCUGCUCCUGUGCUGACUUACCUGCGUGCAGCUGUGGGAUGCCAGUUUUAUGAAGGCUACGGCCAGACCGAGUGCACAGCUGGCUGCACAGUCACGUUACCGGGAGACUGGUCGGCAGGUCAUGUUGGACCUCCUCUGCCUUGUAACAUUUUGAAACUGGUGGAUGUUGCCGAGAUGAAUUAUCUGGCUGUGAAUGGAGAAGGAGAGGUGUGUGUGAAGGGGCCCAAUGUGUUUAUGGGAUAUCUGAAAGACCCAGAGAAGACCAAGGAGGCCAUCGACCAGGACGGCUGGCUCCACACGGGAGACAUCGGCAGGUGGCUACCGAAUGGCACUCUGAAAAUUGUGGACCGUAAGAAGCACAUCUUUAAGCUGGCCCAAGGAGAGUACAUUGCCCCGGAGAAGAUCGAGAACAUUUACAUCCGGAGCGAACCUGUGGCUCAGGCUUUUGUCCAUGGAGACAGCCUACAGGCCUGCCUGGUGGCAAUCAUUGUGCCUGACCCAGACUUCCUGCUUGGCUGGGCCAAUAAAAGAGGAUUUCACGGCUCGUAUGAGGAACUCUGCAGCAGCAAGGAAGUGAAAAAUGCCAUAUUGGAGGAUAUUGUUAAAUUGGGCAAAGAAAGUGGACUGAAGUCUUUCGAACAGGUGAAGGAUAUCGCUCUGCACACAGAGAUGUUCUCGGUCCAGAACGGCCUCCUGACUCCAACACUUAAAGCCAAGCGUGCUGAACUCAGGAACCAUUUCAGGCAACAGAUCGAUCAGCUCUACUCCAAGAUCCACGUGUGAAAACGAUUCCAAAACAGAUGUGUAGGAAUGCCGACAUACAAUGCUAACUGUCCCCUCCUUACCCCCCUCCUUACACCCCCCCCCCUUCCCGCCAAUAGUUUUACUUGUACAGUAAUUAGCUACAUAGUGAACUUUGGGUGAAGUGUUCCUUUAAAAAAGUUAUCUUCCACACGGAACUGUGCCUUAUCCACACAAAACAUCUGCUGCCUUUCAUAUAUGCAUCGGAAUGAAGAGCACAUCUCACUUUUUACCCUUCAGGAUUUUAAACCUCAGGGCUGACAUUUCAGACGCCCUCUAUAUGCUGUAAUAGAUCCAGAGCGGGAAGCUUUUAAUACAUGCUGAUGGCAGUUUAAAUAAGAAACCUGGCGUGACCUGGGGGUGGGCGGGUGACGGCGGGGGGUAGCUUUACCUGUUUCAAAAUAGUUGCCAAAGAAGCUGCUUGAGUGCUAGACUGUGCCAGUACAAAGACUUACCUCCUGGCCUAUAGAGGUUCAGUCUGAUUUCAGAGACCGAUUUCUGCUUAGCUGAGACGGAUAACAGAAUACAGGAUAAAUAGGUUUUUGGGCUCUGAUGCAAAAACCUAUAAGAUGGACCUACCUGACUUUUAUUUUAUUUUUUUAGGUAGUGCAACUCACAUAUUCGAGAAACCCAGUCACGAUGGCAUCUUAUAGCUACACAUUAAAUACAGCCAAGGUCCGUAAUUUAUAAUUGCGAAAACAUACAACUUACGAUUACUUUAAUUUUUUUAAUAGUUGUGCUGCCAUAGGCUUUAGCAUCGCCUGUACCAACCUAAAAUAAAUACUUUUUAUUCAGCACUUUGCUUAGUACACUUUGGCAGUGUGACUCUUAAUUUGUAUGUACAUUUUUAUUACGCUAUUGUGUAAUCUAGUACGAUGAACGUUGAGAAAAGUAGACAUUUCACAUAUUUACCUUCUUAAAAGAAUACUCCUGUGUUUUUCUCACUUUUUAUUUUAUUUUAUUUUAUUUUUUUAACCACACCUAUCUGUAUCUACUGCACCUGUAGCACAUAUGCGAUCAUCACAGAUGAGAACUUCGACAGAUUUCCCAGUACAGCUAAGAAUAUAACAGAAAACCUCUUUAAUGAUUUGUAAUGGAAGUCUAAGGGCAGUUGUUGAAUUCCAUCAAUAAAUGUAUAAAAUGUGCCACUACGUAACGUGAUUUACUCUGAGAAGUAGUACUUUCUCUGCAAGGACAACGUUUAUGGAUAUAGAGCUUAAUUUAGAGACUGAUUGAUUCAACUCAGAUUCAUGAACAUGUUCAACUGCCCUUAGAAUUUAAAUUACAUGAGAGGUUUGAGUAAACUUUACGUUUGUUCUUUUCUCAGUACAGGUGAAAUUCAAAUGGAAAUUCUUGCCACUACAUAUGCUGUAGACAGAGAUUAGGUUGAAAAGCUCUUGAGUAUUCCUUUAAUUCAAGCAGAAACAGGAUCGUUCCAGACUGUAAAGGAGGAGGUACUCUGCACUUGACUGUAUAGUGUCCCAUUCGUUCGCUCAGGCCGGCUGCUAAGGUGGUGAAGCCAUUAAGCUUUCUUCUAUAUAUUUAAAGUAUGUAUCUACAUAGCCAUGUGAUCAUGCAAUAUUUAUAUAAAGUGUGUGGUGAUAUGUUCUUUGCUGCUUGAUUUCAAGAAGCAUGCAUUCCCUAGGCCAUAGCAAAACAUCCCUAAUAUAUUCCCAUCGAUAUUGACUAUUUAUAUGGUUUUAUUUGUGUUGUUGUUGUUAUUAUUAUUAUUAUUAUUAUUAUUAUUAUUACCAUUAUUAUUAUUAUUAUUAACAAAAACAUGUCGAUAUUGAUUUUUUUUUUUUUUUUUUGGUGUUUUAUAUGUGCCUGAUAUGAAAUUAAUCAAAUUGCAUUGAAAUCAUCUAUUUCUAGGUUUCCUUGUAGUUUUAAACUUGUUUGCCUGGUUUGAUUGAUUUAUUGGAAUGUAUGUAGUGAUAAAGCUAUUGUACCUGACCUGUACAGUAAUGCCUUCCAACAGCUUUAUCUGUAAAUCAGACAUCAAAAAUCCUUUGUGCUCAUGUUCUUGGACUAUAAAGAGUUUUGUUAAAAGCCUGAGCUUGUUAACUGAGCAACAAUUGUGUGGGAAUUGUGUGUGGGAAUACAUUUCACAAUGUCCACAUGAACAUGAAUAUUGCUUUGUCAUGUAUAUUAAUGCAAGCCAUUAAUGAUGUGUGUAUGUUUAGUUGUGUGAAAUAUGGACACCGUUGCAUUUUGAAUGUGAAUAACUGUGGUAAAGUCUCACUGACUGACGGUAAAAUUAAACAAAGAUAAUCAAAGAAGAAGAGGUUUGAUUUGUGAAUCAAUCUACAUAGUUAAUAGUAAAAUGUCCUUGUGACAGUGACCUAUACAGUACUGUAAAUCCUGAAGAGAUGUAAGCGCCAUGUAGAACAGUAGUAUUAACACAGGGCGGCUGUGGCUCAGGUGGUAGAGCGGGUUGUCCACUAAUCGUAGGGUUGGUGGUUCCUUGCGACCUUGGGCAAGACGCUGAAUCCCAAGUUGCUCCCGAUGGCAAGUUAGCACCUUGCAUGGCAGCUCUGCUACCAUUGGUCUCCGAGUGUGUGUGAAUGGGUGAAUGAGAGACAGCGCUUUGGAACCAUUAAAGUUAAAAUGUGCUUCAUAAAUGGUAAACGGUCUGCACUUAAGACAGGAUUGUAUGGCCGUCUACUCCCUUAAUAGAGUAACUCCCUAAUUAACAGUUAAUUUCACUGGAAAAUCUGAGAUAGUUUUGAACAUGGUAAGCAUUACUGCAACAUAACUCCUGCCCAAGAGCCUAUAACAUUCCAGUAUGCAAAUGCCAGUCAUGCAAACUGCUGCUUUUCCUUCUGUUAUUAUGUACUCCAGUGUAUCUGGUUGUUAAACUGGAUUUCUUUAAGUUGAUCCUUAUCACCAUUUUCCCUGAGGAAUGCUGCAGUUUACCUAGUUAAAGGAGUCAGGGAUUGUACUUUGUUUUAUUGUGCUUUGGUAUCAUGGUGGUGGUGUCACAUCACAGCUUCAGGGUCCCUGGAUCAAUCCUGAGUCAGGUUAUUGGAGUUUCACAUGUUCUCCCUGUCUUUGAUUCUGGGUUGUUUGGGUUCCUCCUACCUCCUGAAAACAGCAGGGGGAUUGGCUACGAUAAAUUGCCCAAGGUGUUGAUGUGUAUUUACAUUGUGCCCUGUAAUGGACUGGUGUCCUAUCCGGGGUAUAUUACCGCCUUGUUUCAAGUCUAUAUUCCUGGGAUAGGCUCCGGCUGCACCCCUGACUUGAUCAGGUAAGGAUGAAUGAAUGAGUCUAAGUUUAUUGAUUAAGGUUGAAAGUGUAGCUGUUACUAUGGUCUUUUUCUGC